ACGAACCCGUGGUCAGAUGCAACCUCCUGCCUCAUGCAUUUUCCUCUUGGUGCUUUGGUCAGAACUUCCCCAAGUGGAGUGAAACUCAGGAGCUGAGAAACCGAGUCACUGUGAAAAGAUGGGAAAUUAUCUCCUGCGAAAACUCAGUUGCCUGGGAGAGAAUCAAAAGAAGCCCAGGAAAGGAAACCCAGAUGAGGAAAGAAAACGGCAGGAAAUGACUACAUUUGAAAGAAAACUUCAAGAUCAAGAUAAAAGCAAAGAAGUUUCAUCCAUUUCUAAUCAGGGAAACGAGAAUGGCAGUGGUUCUGAAGAAGUGUGCUACACUGUCAUUAACCACAUCCCCCAUCGGAGAUCUUCCCUGAGCUCCAAUGAUGAUGGCUAUGAGAACAUUGACUCCCUCACAAGGAAAGUGAGAGAAUUUAGAGAAAGGUCAGAGACAGAAUAUGCCCUUCUUAGGACUUCUGGUAGUAGGCCUUAUUCCUGUACCCAUGAGCAUGAUUACGAAGUUGUGCUUCCACACUGAAACCCUCAAGCCGCUUUAUCACCUUGCAGCAAUGAAGAUGAUGCAGAACAGCAGACUCUGGAGAAGUUCUUCACCCUGAGCAGUGCAUGAAACAUUCCUUUCUGGCUAACGUUUAGAAAUAUUAUCUUAUUAUAUAUCCUUAGGCAACUCUGAAAUGUGGCAUUUCUGUGGUUUAGGUGGAAUCAUAGAAAUUGAAACAAUGAUCUAAAAUAUUCUGUGUUUUUGCUUGUAAAGUUUGAGGACAUGGAGGUGAUAAAAAAAACUUUCUUAGGACAAUAAUGUAAAAUGAAAAUAAAUUCCUAAUCCCCCUGACUAACUGAAUGGACCCCCUUCUGGGCCAAGGAGACCUCAGAUGAUCUUGAAAGACUGAAUUCUGGCCAUGAUAGGAAGGGAGGUGAGACACACCUUGUUAUACCCCUUCCCUUUUGGAGUUUAGGCACCAGUGACCAGGAUGAGUCAUAAGACUGAUGAAACAGACUGAUUGUGGCAGUAAGAGUCCCAGUUCCAACCUGACUCUGGUGUAGAUCACACGCUGUCUGAGGGAUUCCAUCUAUGAGACUUUGUCUACAUAACAAAGACCUUGGUUUCCACAACCCCUUUAUUUUAGCUAAAGCAUUCUUUUCUACUGACUUCUUAAGUCUUUAGACAAAGCUUAACUCUUUCAACCAAGCCAAUCAGAAAAUAUUUGAAUUUGCCUAUGACCUGUAAGCUCUCUCCUGCUUCAAGGUCUUGCCUCUUUAAGCUGAACCAGUGUGCACUUUCCAUGUAUUGAUUUAUGUCUUUGCUUGUAACUCCUGUCUCCCUAAAAUGUAUAAAACUAAACGGUGACCUGACCACCUCAGGCACACUUUCUCAGGACCUCCUGAGAGUGUACCCCAGGCCAUGGUAACUCAUAUUGGCUCAGAAUCAACCUCUUUAAAUAUUUUACAGAAUUUGGCUUUUGGUUACCAAUAAAUCUCCACAAAUAAAUGUCCAAGAAUCUUCAAUUCCAACCCUGCUCACCAAAGUUCAAAUGCCAACUCCCCAUCCAAUUACCUAUUUCAUUUUUGAGGUGUAAUCUACUCAAUAAACUGUAUAAGACCAGUGA